CUUUGCUCGAUCUACCUUAUUCUCCUCACCGCACUCUGUCAUGACAUCCCUUCGCAUCUUAGGCAUUUUGCUUCUUCUUCAUCUUCAUCGUCAUACUUCGGCUUUGGCGACCGAUGCUUCUAAUAGACCUUAUGGAACUUGUAAACAACUAGAUAUUCCAGUGUUUGCUACCGCAAACACCGCAAUCUACAACAUACCGAGGGUAGACAAUGAUAUCGAAGCGACAGCCUGGGCUAUUUUCGACGCCACUCGGAGCACUCCACAUGACUUGCGGAGUAUUAUCAAGAACACUACGACUUCCGCUACCUUCAACAUCCAUGCCCAACUGUGUGUUCCUAAGACUUCCGGAAAGCGCGACAUUUUGCAGAUUGCCACCCACGGAGUGCAUUACGACUCAAGAUAUUGGGAUUCGGAAUACCGGCCCGAGAGUCACUCUUAUGUCAAUGCCGCACUCAAAGCAGGAUACUCCAUUCUCACAUACGAUCGUUUGGGAGUUGGCCAAUCCGACAUACCUGACGCGUACACGGUGGUUCAAGCGCCUUUAGAACAGGAGAUACUUCGACAAUUGACGUUGAUGGCACGCAAUGGCACUUUAUAUGAAUUCGCUGAGAAGGCGAAACCUGCCGAUGCAGCAUUCAAAGCAUUGCCAAAACCAAGAAAGAUCGUCCACGUCGGUCACAGUUUUGGGUCCUUCCUUACCUCCGCAUUCAUUGCCAACUACGGUCCUCUGAGCGACGGAGCAAUCAUCACGGGUUACCUCCUGACCCUGAAUCUAGCAAGUGCUGGGUCAACGUCGUUUAACGUCGAGUACGCCGCCACGAGCAACCCUUCAUACAAGCGACCAAGCGGCUACGUCGUGUGUCAGAAGAGUGGCAUCCAGAAUAUUUUCUUCGCAGGCGAUCUCAAAACAGCGUACACACCAGAAAUGCUUGACUAUGGCAAUGAAAUCAAGCAGCCGGUGCCGAUUGGAGAGUUCGCCUCUGCCUUUUGGCUCCUAGGAAAAACUGGGCCUUCCUUCAAAGGGCCGGUGCAAUAUAUGCUACCAGAAUUCGACUUCUACGUAUGUCGCGGCGAUUGCAAGGGGUUGGCAAAUGUGACAGCUCUGACAGAAACUUACCCUAACGCUACUGCUAUCGAAGUCGCCAUCCAGCCUAACACCGGCCAUGCUUUGCCGCUUCACAACAAUGCCACUGCCGGUUUCCAGGUCACGUUCGAUUUCUUGAAGAAACAUGGAUUCACUGUAUCCCGGCUUUUUGCCUGGCAGACCUCACACAAUCUUUCUACCAUAACCAUCAGAGAUGAAAUGAAUGAUCAGGCUCGGGUUAGGGUACUAAGACCGGUAUUCGGUAUCUGUACAACUAAGCGGCGAAGGGGCCAGUCUGCCGCAGAGUUGUCAACAGUCAGCCUGAGACUGAUUUAUGGCAGUUAG